AUGAGGCGCAAAGAGAAGCGGCUCUUGCAGGCGGUGGCGCUGGCUCUGGCGGCCCUUGUCCUGCUGCCCAACGUGGGGCUCUGGGCUCUUUACCGCGAGCGGCAGCUCGACGGCAACCCUGGAGGAUCGGGGGCGGCGGUGCCCCCCGCGGCGGUACAGGAAUUUCACAGUCGACAAAAAAAGACAUUUUUCUUGGGAGCUGAACAAAGGCUGAAGGACUGGCAUAACAAGGAGGCUAUCAGGAGGGACUCACAGCGCAUAGGACAUGGAGAACAAGGGAAGCCUUACCCCAUGACCGAUGCCGAGAGAGUGGACCAGGCAUACCGGGAAAACGGAUUUAACAUCUACGUCAGUGAUAAAAUCUCCCUGAAUCGCUCUCUCCCCGAUAUCCGGCACCCAAACUGCAACAGCAAGCUCUACCUGGAGAGGCUCCCCAACACCAGCAUCAUCAUCCCUUUCCACAACGAGGGCUGGUCCUCACUGCUGCGCACUGUUCACAGCGUGCUCAACCGCUCGCCCCCAGAGCUAGUGGCGGAGAUCGUGUUGGUCGAUGACUUCAGUGAUCGAGAGCACCUGAAGAAGCCACUGGAGGACUACAUGGCCCUUUUCCCCAGUGUAAGGAUUCUCCGGACCAAGAAACGGGAAGGCCUGAUAAGGACCCGAAUGCUGGGGGCUUCCGCUGCCACCGGAGACGUCAUCACAUUCUUAGAUUCACACUGUGAAGCCAACGUCAACUGGCUCCCCCCUCUGCUUGACCGCAUCGCACGGAACCGAAAGACCAUCGUGUGCCCAAUGAUCGACGUCAUUGACCAUGAUGACUUCCGGUAUGAGACACAGGCUGGGGAUGCCAUGCGGGGUGCCUUCGACUGGGAAAUGUAUUACAAACGGAUCCCAAUCCCUCCAGAGCUGCAGAAGGCUGACCCCAGUGACCCAUUUGAGUCUCCCGUGAUGGCUGGAGGGCUGUUCGCUGUGGACCGGAAGUGGUUCUGGGAGUUGGGCGGAUAUGACCCUGGCUUGGAGAUCUGGGGAGGGGAGCAGUAUGAGAUCUCCUUCAAGGUGUGGAUGUGUGGGGGCCGCAUGGAGGACAUCCCCUGCUCCAGAGUGGGUCACAUCUACAGGAAGUAUGUGCCCUACAAGGUCCCUGCCGGAGUCAGCCUGGCCCGGAACCUGAAGCGAGUGGCAGAGGUAUGGAUGGACGAAUAUGCAGAAUACAUCUACCAGCGCAGACCGGAGUACCGCCACCUCUCAGCUGGAGAUGUCGUGGCCCAGAAAAAGCUCCGAGGCUCCCUCAACUGUAAGAGCUUCAAGUGGUUUAUGACCAAAAUUGCCUGGGACCUGCCCAAGUUCUACCCGCCUGUGGAACCCCCGGCUGCGGCAUGGGGGGAGAUUCGCAAUGUGGGCACAGGACUGUGCACAGACACGAAGCACGGCACGUUGGGCUCCCCGCUAAGACUCGAGACCUGCACUCGGGGCCGUGGGGAGGCUGCCUGGAACAGCAUGCAGGUCUUUACCUUCACCUGGCGAGAGGACAUCCGGCCUGGAGACCCUCAGCACACCAAGAAGUUCUGCUUCGACGCUGUCUCCCACACCAGCCCAGUCACCCUCUAUGACUGCCACAGCAUGAAGGGCAACCAGCUGUGGAAAUACCGCAAGGACAAGACUCUGUACCACCCCGUGAGCGGCAGCUGCAUGGACUGCAGCGAAAGUGACCACCGGAUCUUCAUGAACGCCUGCAACCCCUCCUCCCGCACCCAGCAGUGGCUCUUUGAACAUACCAACGCUACGGUCUUAGAGAAUUUCAACCGGAACUGAGUCAGUCCUUAGACCUCCUUGACAAGCCCCUCAGGUUGCUGUGGAGCUCAUAAACCUUCCUCCUGUGGGGGAAGAAGCAUCUCUGGGCACCAAGGUGCUGGGCCAAAUGGCUUGAGACAGAGGGUUCCUGAAGUACUUUUGUGCUAGGGCCACAGGGAGAACAGAUCAUACAAACAGCUCUCCAAGAAGGCAGGGCCUGCUUACGUCAUAGCAGGACUCACCAGCCUGUCAGCAUGUCCCCUAGGUGUUAGGAAUCACCUGGGCAGCCUUGCCCAGUCCUCAGGCUACUUCCAGACAGGACAGUGCCCUAGAAAGAAAUGUGGUAUUAGUCUUGGGGCAGCCUUUAAGCCUAUAUGCUAACUGCUGACAAGGAAGUCUGCCCGUGUGGGAGUGAGCUGCCAGUACUGCCCAGCUUCAGUGUUGGUCCAGGGCAUUGAGAGUCUACUGGGACCUCAGAGUGCUCCAUAGCUAGCGCUGGCCAGCAAUCAGGCAAGGGGCCCCUUACUCUGCAGCCAGAUGUAAAGGACGUCUCCCCUGGCUCUCUGGGUAUUUCAGAUGCCUGUUCUAGUUUCAGAGGUAUCUGGGCACCAAGUUGUCAGGGCUAACUCAGCUGGCAAAGUAGACCUCCAGACCGAACAGCUCCCAGCCGAUGCUUCCAAAGCCCUUUUUUCUCUGCUUUCCUUGGCAGCUCCUUGCCUUGGAGAGGAACAGUGCUGGGAGGUGCUCACCUCUAGAGCUCCCUGGGGGCAGCUUCCCCCAGAUCAUGACUGUUGUGGUCCCAACCUCACAGAACCCUGGAGUUUCUGAAAAGUGCUGUGGUUCUGUCGAAAGCAACAAUGAGCCAUAGCAUGUGUGAGCAUAUAACUCGAGCAGCCAGGUAUCAGGCAACCCCUCACCCAAGCGGAGGCAGUGGGGCACCAGAAGCUUUGGUACAACCCAAUGCCUGGCCAUCACAGCCUUGUGAGGAGUGAAAACAUGGCCUUUAACCCCAUGUCUCAAACAAGAACUCAGCCUCCAAGGAUUUGGUCACUUGAUCUUGUCAUUUGCCAGUGAAGUAACUGAGAUGUGGUCCUGGGGCCAGAGCUCUGCCUUUGAGAUGCUGGGAUCAAGGUCAUAGAGUACCCAGGUUGGCCAGGUGGCUGGUGCAGAGCCACCUCCACGGCAGCCCCUGUGUUGUCACAGCUCGCUUGUGGAUUUCUAGUGUCCUUUUCCAUAUGAGCAUUCUACCUGACAAGUGGCCAGCUGGGAAGGAGUCAAAAAAGGGUAUGGGGGAGGUGUCUAGAAUCCAGCAGGGAUGCAUUGCAGCCAAGGGGCCUUGAGUCCUCAGAGAGCAAUGCAGCCUCGUUUCAAUAAAAACCGUGCCUUUUACAAAGAGAAAAUGCAGCUGAGCAGCUGAUUCCCUAAACUUGAACCACUUCCUAGUGCCUUGCUAGACAAGCAGACAGGGGCGGGUGGAGGAGGGGUGCUUAUGCAGGUCCUAUGAGUGUCUUUAUGUCUGACUUCAAGCAGGGAGUGCUGAGCCGAACCUGAGACCCAGAGGCCCCCAUGACAGGGUCAACUGCCUCUCUGUGCAGACCUCCCUGAGACAGGUCAGCUGUAGUAGCCUACAAGUUCUAGAGACCUGACAACCCUGGGGGUAGGGAGGUGCUGACCCCCCCCCUCCCAGCAGUGCUCUGCCUGUCCCUCACUCUCAGGGGCGAGCUGAGCAGCUGGAUUCCAGGUGAGGCCAAGCCAGUGGUUAAGGCAGAUGCUGCUGCAAGCCGCCCCUAGCCUCGCUCACCUGAUUCAUUCCAUUCUCAUCUGGUUCAUCCCCUUCUCCAGUGGUCCCUUCCUCUGAGCUCACCUCAGCAUUUGAGACUGCUGAACUCUGACCUUAGAGCCUAAGACUUGAGGAGGCGUGUGACAGGAAAGACCAGGUUGGCUUGGUGGCUGGCUGCAGAUACUUAAUUCCCACCUUGUUUUGGCUUCAGGUGUGGAAAUCCUUGUCCCGAAGAGUGAGGUUUCUACUCUGCAGGGGCAGAAGGGCCUGUGGACUUGCCACAGCCCAAGCAGCAGGCCAGGCACCUGGCCGCUUUUCCUCCAAAGCUUUAUUCAGAGGCUAAGACUGCAAAACAAGAUAUGGUGAGAAAGGCAGCCUCCCUGAAGAUUCCAGAAACAUUUUGGAAUGCGGUGUCCUUGCUAUGAGGCCCUUGUGUGGCAAGCUGUCUUACCCUGCCCUGCCAACUGGAGCUUCUGGCUUUAAAAGCAGCCAGCAGUGAUAGACGUUCUGUGGCAGCAGUGGGCUGCUCUCUGAUGGGCAGCCUAGUGGAUUUCCAAAGUCAGCAUCAUGACUCCCUUCAGUCCUUCCUGUUAUGCUCCUCCCUGUGUGUAGCCAUGAAGUGCAGACCCUGCUUCUCACAGAUGAAGCUGUCUGCAUCCAGUGCUCAGGGCGGCGUGUUUGUCUAAAGUCAGGCAUUGUGGAAGGGACAAAGUGUGCAGUUCCACUCUGAAUUCAUCAAUUCAUGCGUUCUACGGCAAAUCCUAGUCAUGUUUUGGUUCAAGGUUUUGAUGCUGAGCCAGGGCCCUGCUGCCACCAUUGGGUGAGAGUGGUAGCUACAUCCCAGGUCUCAAGAUCUUAACGCAUUCCACUCUGCUCUGACAGGAAGCCCUUGGGCUGCAGGCAGGGAAGCUGGGCACUGAGACAGGGUUCCUUGGGGAAAGCCCAAGACCACCCACCUGUCCUGGAAGAGUGAGCUUUGUAAAGAAUGACUUACCAUGUUCAGUUGUGACUGUGGUUGUCCAAUAAACCUCCAGACUUUCUCUAAA